GGACCACAGGCACUGGAGCAGACUGACGCAUGCGCGUGUUGAGCGCUCUUUUUAAAAAAACAGGCAGCGGAAAUACGUCAUCACCUCGUUUCCGUUCUUGAUCUUUGGACAAAAUGGCGAAGAUCGCGAAGACCCACGAAGAUAUUGAGGCACAAAUUCGAGAAAUUCAGAACAAGAAAGCGGCACUUGUUGUCGAGGGUGAUUCAGAUGGAGUUGGUCUUGAUUCAACUGGUUACUAUGAUCAGGAGAUCUAUGGCGGAAGUGACAGCAGAUUUGCAGGAUAUAUGACAUCCAUCCCUGCAAAUGAGCAGGAAGAGGAUGAUGAUGACUAUUCUUCCCCGAGUUUGCUUGGGCAGAAGAAGCCUGGAUACCAUGCACCAGUAGCGCUGCUGAAUGAUAUACCACAGUCAAAUGAACAGUAUGAUCCAUUUGCGGAACACCGUCCGCAACGAAUUGCGGAACGAGAAGAUGAGUACAAAGCACGUAGGAGGCAGAUGAUUAUUUCUCCUGAGCGUCAUGAUCCCUUUGCAGAUGGUGGAAAGACACCAGAUCCUAAGGUCCAUGCCAGAAGUUACAUCGAUGUUAUGCGUGAACAACAUUUAACUAAGGAAGAGAGGGAAAUAAGGCAGCAACUGGCAGAGAAAGCUAAGGCUGGAGAACUUAAAGCAGUCAAUGGAUCAGCUCAACAACCUCUUAAACGCAAGCGACGUUGGGAUCAGACUGCAGAUCAAACUCCUAGUACAACACCCAAAAAGUUGUCCAGCUGGGACCAAGCAGAGACUCCGGGACAUACCCCAGGGCACACACCCGGACAUACCCCAGGGCACACACCCGGACAUACGCCAGGUCACACCCCUGGUAACACUCCCUCUCAAAGUCGCUGGGAUGAAACACCUGGCCGUUCAAAGGGUAGUGAGACUCCGGGUGCAACACCAAGCUCAAGGAUGUGGGAAGCCACUCCCAGUCACACCCCAGCAGGAGCUGCCACACCAGGCCGUGAUACACCUGGGCAUGCAACACCUGGCCACGGAGGUGCAACAUCUAGUGUGCGUAAAAACAGAUGGGAUGAAACACCAAAGACUGACAGAGAAACUCCGGGACAUGGCAGUGGCUGGGCUGAGACCCCACGUACAGAUCGUGGAGGUGAUUCUAUCGGGGAAACUCCGACCCCUGGUGCUAGCAAGCGAAAAUCUCGUUGGGAUGAAACACCAGCAAGCCAGAUGGGCGGCAAUACUCCAUUGCUUACUCCAAGUGGAAUUACACCCAAAGGCACACCAGCAAUGGCUAUGGCAACCCCGACACCUGGUCACCUGAUGAGUAUGACACCUGAACAACUUCAGGCUUGGAGAUGGGAGCGUGAAAUUGAUGAAAGAAAUCGCCCACUUACAGAUGAGGAAUUGGAUGCUAUGUUCCCUGAGGGUUAUAAGGUUCUUCCACCACCAGCUGGUUAUGUCCCAAUUCGGACACCGGCCCGUAAACUGACAGCAACUCCAACACCAAUCGGGGGCUUAACCGGUUUCCACAUGCAGUCUGAGGACCGCUCUGCGAAGAGUAUGAAUGAUCAGCCUUCUGGAAACCUUCCAUUCCUGAAACCUGAUGAUAUCCAAUACUUUGACAAAUUGCUGGUUGAAGUUGAUGAAUCGACCCUGAGUCCAGAAGAACAGAAGGAAAGAAAGAUCAUGAAGUUGCUUCUGAAAAUAAAGAACGGUACUCCACCAAUGAGAAAGGCUGCGUUGCGUCAAAUAACUGACAAAGCUAGAGAAUUCGGUGCUGGCCCCCUGUUCAACCAGAUUCUACCACUGCUGAUGUCCCCAACUCUUGAAGACCAGGAACGUCACUUGUUGGUUAAAGUUAUUGACAGAAUCCUGUACAAAUUAGAUGAUUUGGUUCGACCUUAUGUACACAAGAUUCUUGUCGUUAUUGAACCAUUGUUGAUUGAUGAAGAUUACUAUGCUAGAGUGGAAGGCAGAGAAAUCAUCUCCAAUUUGGCAAAGGCUGCUGGUUUGGCCACGAUGAUUUCCACCAUGCGUCCUGAUAUUGAUAACAUGGAUGAGUAUGUCCGUAACACAACAGCUCGAGCCUUUGCUGUGGUAGCUUCGGCUCUGGGGAUUCCAUCGCUGUUACCUUUCCUCAAAGCAGUGUGUAAGAGCAAGAAAUCAUGGCAGGCCAGACAUACAGGAAUCAAGAUUGUGCAACAGAUUGCAAUCCUCAUGGGUUGUGCUAUCUUGCCUCAUCUUAGAAGCUUGGUUGAAAUUAUUGAACAUGGUCUGGUUGAUGAGCAACAGAAAGUUCGAACUAUCAGUGCUCUGGCUAUUGCUGCUUUGGCUGAGGCUGCAACCCCGUACGGCAUUGAAUCAUUUGACUCUGUUCUGAAACCACUGUGGAAGGGCAUUCGCCAACACAGAGGCAAAGGUUUGGCUGCCUUCUUGAAAGCUAUUGGUUACCUGAUUCCUCUUAUGGAUGCUGAAUACGCAAACUACUACACUCGUGAAGUGAUGUUGAUCCUUAUCCGAGAGUUCCAGUCUCCUGAUGAAGAAAUGAAAAAGAUUGUGCUGAAGGUGGUGAAACAGUGUUGUGGCACAGAUGGUGUGGAAGCAAACUACAUCAAAACCGAAAUCCUUCCACCAUUCUUCAAACACUUCUGGCAACAUCGAAUGGCAUUGGACAGAAGGAACUACAGACAGUUAGUAGACACCACAGUGGAACUUGCAAACAAAGUUGGAGCAGCUGAGAUCAUCUCCAGGAUAGUUGAUGACUUGAAGGAUGAAGCUGAGCAGUACAGAAAAAUGGUGAUGGAAACCAUUGAAAAGAUCAUGGGUAAUCUCGGAGCAGCAGAUAUUGACCACAAGCUGGAAGAACAACUUAUUGAUGGCAUCCUAUAUGCGUUCCAGGAACAGACUACCGAGGACUCUGUGAUGUUGAAUGGUUUCGGUACAGUGGUAAAUGCUCUGGGAAAACGAGUAAAACCAUACCUGCCCCAGAUCUGUGGUACAGUCUUGUGGCGUCUAAACAACAAAUCGGCCAAAGUGCGACAGCAAGCCGCAGAUCUGAUCUCCCGGAUUGCAGUCGUCAUGAAGACAUGUCAAGAGGAAAAACUGAUGGGCCACUUGGGUGUUGUGCUGUAUGAGUAUCUUGGAGAAGAGUACCCAGAGGUUCUGGGCAGCAUUUUGGGAGCAUUGAAAGCUAUUGUCAACGUUAUAGGUAUGCACAAGAUGACCCCACCUAUAAAGGACCUGCUGCCAAGACUCACUCCAAUCCUGAAGAACAGGCAUGAGAAGGUUCAGGAGAAUUGCAUUGAUCUAGUUGGACGAAUUGCAGACAGAGGUGCAGAAUAUGUGUCUGCUCGUGAAUGGAUGAGGAUCUGCUUUGAAUUACUGGAGCUUUUGAAGGCUCACAAAAAAGCCAUCCGAAGAGCAACUGUGAAUACGUUUGGCUACAUUGCAAAAGCUAUUGGGCCCCAUGAUGUGUUGGCCACACUACUGAACAAUCUGAAAGUUCAGGAACGUCAGAACAGAGUGUGCACCACAGUAGCAAUUGCUAUUGUGGCAGAAACGUGUUCUCCAUUCACAGUGCUGCCUGCUUUGAUGAACGAGUACAGGGUUCCAGAACUGAAUGUACAGAAUGGUGUGCUGAAAUCUCUUUCAUUCUUAUUUGAGUACAUUGGAGAAAUGGGAAAGGAUUAUAUUUAUGCUGUUACACCACUUCUUGAAGAUGCUUUAAUGGAUAGAGACCUGGUUCACAGACAGACAGCUAGUGCGGUUGUUCAGCACAUGUCACUGGGAGUAUAUGGAUUUGGCUGUGAAGAUGCCCUUAAUCACUUGUUAAACUAUGUAUGGCCCAAUGUUUUUGAGACAUCACCACAUGUUAUUCAGGCUGUUAUGGGGGCAUUGGAGGGCCUAAGGGUUGCAUUAGGCCCUUGCAGAAUGCUGCAGUAUUGUCUGCAGGGCUUGUUCCACCCAGCCAGAAAAGUGCGUGAUGUGUACUGGAAGAUCUACAACUCCAUUUACAUCGGUUCACAGGAUGCCUUAAUUGCACAUUAUCCAAGGAUCUUCAAUGAUGAAAAGAAUACACAUAUCCGUUAUGAACUUGAUUACAUCUUAUAAAAUGGGGUUAACAUUCUUUGCGUUGUCUUUGUUGUCUAUUUUGCUGCGUUGUAUUUGCACUGGUUAUUGAACCUUGUGCUGUGCUUCGAAUGUGAACUAUGAGAGUUUGAAUUUAAAAUCUGAUCAUCUUGUUGGAGCAGACUCGACAGUAGAAAGUGGCUAGGGCGAGUAGCACGAUUUUACUUUUAAUGGGACUUCCAAGUCUGUAAAUCUGUCUCAUUACUUGUUCUUGAUGUUAAGUAACUAAUUCUAGUGACCAACAGGACAAUGAAUACUCGUUCAUUUGAAUUUGUCUUUAUUGAGAUUUAGGUUUCAUUCCUUGUGUUGAGGGGUUGUUUCUUAUUAAAAAAAUAAACGCUUAUAUAAAAAAAUCUAAAUCCAGUUUAUAUUUCUCAUGUUAUUUUUUGAGGGAGGUACAUGUUAAAAAAAAAACUGGUUUUCAAACAGGUGUGGCAGUUUAAUUUCCCCACAAAUCAUUACAUUAUCAAAUUUACCUUUUCUACUUUUAAAGAAAUAUGAUUCACUUUGCAUGUUUUUUUUACGCUAACAUAAUGUAAGUAGAAUGUUGUACAGAAAGCUCUAUUGAGGUUGUUUCUAGUUUGAAAGAUCUUCAUAAUCAACCUGCAAGCCAAAUUUCUGUGAGAUUCUUCAUUUCGUGAGAAAGAUCUCAAUCAGGGCCUGUAGAACAAUCUGGAGCAGAAAUCAGCUCUCAGCAGUAAAAUUAACUCAAAACUGAGAUCAAUAUCCCAAACUGACUUGGAUCAGUUUCUGAAACCUUUUGAGAUGUUUAGCUGGCCAAAUGUUAAGUGUAGUGUGCUGAGUCAUGUGAUUACUUUCACAAGACUGUUAAUGGCAUUUUAAUAAAAAUGUUGUAUAAUAGUUUCUGGUCUUUGGAGCUGCGGCAUAAAGUGCCAUGGGGGAGGGGGAGCGGGGAAGGGGGAGCAGGAGAGAAUGGGUAGGUCAUAAACCUUCUCAAAAACAAAAACUGAAUCGAGCACAUGGUUACCAACUAUGUAUGGUACAGUAAAGUCCAUUUAAGAUUAAAUCUUUUUCAACAUCUUCAGACCAAGCUUAUAGUGCAGGUGUUUUAAGAUUGGCUUUCUUUCCCACUCUCCUUUAUUAGAAUGCAAUAGGCUACAUAUUAAGUGUUCAAUAAUUCCUUCAGCUGAAUGGAGGUGAGUUCAUAAAGUAGUAUUUUGCUGGCACUAAGUCUUAAGCUUGUGUUGUCAAUAUUCUAUAGUUUCUACUUCUAAAUCCAUUGGCUGCAUACAACAACAACAACAAAGCAGUGCUGUGAACUUUUCCUUUGGGUCAGGUCUAAUGGUCAGCCUUUAGUGUAAUCAAAUUAGUCUGAGGAGGGCUUGGCUAUGUGUUUUCUACCACUUGUGAAUCUGACCAGCAUAACAAACUUGUUGCUCGUUGAAAUACAAAGCAAGGUUCCCUUGUGAUAUUAAAAUCCUAUUCCAUAGCUGGUGACCAUAUAUCCUCUACUUGUUCAGUUUUGAGAAUUAACUGUAGGUAAAAUUGAUGUUUUAAUAAACAUGACUGUCUCCGUCA